AUGAAGAAUGAACUGAAUAAGAAUUACUCAGAAGUGAUGGAGUUUAUUCUGCUGGGAUUCCGAACAUCUCCAGAUAUACAGAUUCUCUUAUUUUCACUCUUCUUGCUUAUCUAUAUGGUCAUUGUGGUGGGAAAUAUCAGCAUGUUAGUUGUCAUUAAAAUCAACUCCAGACUUCAUACCCCUAUGUAUUUCUUUCUCAGAAAUCUGUCUUAUUUAGAUCUGUGCUACUCCUCUGUCAUUGCUCCCAAAACUCUGGCCACUUUCUUAUCCAAAGACAAGAGAAUUUCUUACAAUGGCUGUGCAACCCAGUUCUUUUUCUUUGCUCUCUUUGUUGGGACUGAAGGCUUUCUUCUAGCUGUGAUGGCAUACGAUCGCUUCUCAGCCAUUUGCUCGCCCUUCCUCUACGCUGUCCGUAUGUCCCAGCAGGCUUGUGUUUGUUUGGUGAUUGCCUCCUACAUCUGUGGCUGCAUCAACUCCAUGAUCCAAACAGGUUUCACUUUCAGUUUGCGUUUCUGUGGAGAAAACAGAUUGGACCACUUUUUCUGUGAUGUCCCAGCCCUGAUCAAGAUAUCCUGUGUGGACACCUUGGUGAAUGAGAUUGUACUGUUUAUUCUGUCUGCCUUCAUCAUCAUCACUACCACAACUGUCAUUCUGGUUUCUUAUGCAUGUAUCCUGUCCACUGUUCUAAAGAUCCCCUCAACUCAUGGCAGGAGUAAGACCUUCUCCACUUGUAGCUCUCAUAUCACUGUGGUGAGUUUGUUCUAUGGAACUGUAUUCUUCAUGUAUGCCCAGCCUGGAGCCAUCUCUUCACCAGAGAAAAACAAGAUUAUAGCUGUAUUCUACACUCUUAUCAUCCCUAUGUUGAAUCCUCUGAUUUAUAGUCUAAGGAAUAGGGAGGUAAAAAAUUCUGUGAAAAGGAUAUUGUUGAGAAAAAAACCUUUUCAUUGA